UAUUUGAUAUAGUCAGUAAUGAUCCUGAUAUAAUUAGCUAUCCGUACUGCCGGCCAUAGCGUCAGUUCCUGCCCGAAAAGUAGAGAAAACAGCGUUGUUAGUUGACAUACAAAAAUAUUUCCUGUUCAUUCGUGCACGGCCCCGUAUAUCAUGUGUUGGCUCAUGAUUUUUGCCUGGAAGGAUGUUGCAUCACAUUCGUGCUAGUACAUCAUGCUUAUCUACAGUAACUUCUCUAAAACCCAGAGGUUGAUUCUCGGUAUAUUCAUCUUGCUCCUGGUUGAUGUGAUCUGGGUGGUGUCGUCAGAAGUCACAGAGUUUAUCUUCAAAGAUGCCAAAUUCAGCAAGCCAUACUUCAGCACGUACCUGAAGACAUCGAUGUUCAUACUCUACCUGGCUGGCUUCCUAGCGUUCAGAUCAUGGAGACAACAGUGUAGGAAAAACAGCUUGACACAGUCAACAGGGUUUGAGGCUUUAGACACAUUUUUGCAGUUGGUCGACCCGACAUCCUCAGACCAAAAAGAGGAGGACCAGUUGAUUAGUGACCCGAUAUUCGUACCAGUCAAGUAUGAUGACAAGGGUAAUGCUAGCGGGACAGACUCAGAUGAUGGAUCAGUCACUCUUUUCCUUGUUCCAGGAAAGGAUUGUGCGACAGCAAAGACCAAGGAGAAGAACCGGUCACGAUCGGUGCGCUUCAAUCAGCUCUCUGAGGUCAGGCAACUAUCAGAGAACCAGGCAGAAGAUGCCAUCAUGGCGCGGCUCUCCUACUCGGCGUUUGUGCGAGCUGAGGAAUAUCGGCUACGCUUCCUGAGUAAAAUGACAGUCAAACAGAUAGCAAAGAUUGCCUUUAUAUUUUGUGUGUUGUUUUUCUUUGGUAACCUUGCAUAUCAAGAGGCAUUAAAGGACACCGAGGCUGGCGUGGUGAAUGUUCUCUCCUCGACCUCGGGUCUAUUCACACUUGUUCUUGCUGCUAUGUUCCCAAGCUCGUCCAUGGACAAGUUCACCUUGUCGAAGUUUGUCUGCGUUUUAUUUAGCAUUGGUGGUGUGGUACUAGUCAGUCUCUCUGACCUGAAUAUUGAGUCGGAGAUCCCCCUCGGUGCUCUUUGGGCGCUAUGCGGAGCCCUCCUCUACGCAAUAUACCUCGUCACUCUCAAGAGGAAGGUGGACAAUGAGGAUAAACUGAAUCUACCCAUGUUCUUUGGUUUUGUUGGUUUCUUCUGCAUGAUCAUCCUUUGGCCUGGAUUCUUCAUCCUCCAUUAUUCAAAGGCCGAGGUGUUCGAGUGGCCGACCAAAAUGGACUGGGUCUAUCUGGUUGCCAACGGUGUCAUUGGGACGGUCCUCUCAGAAAUAUUGUGGCUCUGGGGCUGUUUUCUCACCUCUUCUCUGAUGGGCACCCUCAGUCUCAGCCUGACCAUUCCAUUAACCAUGAUAGCUGAUACAGUCAUGAAAAAUGUCUCAUACACGUGGAUGUUUUACGUGGGCAGCGGUCCAGUAUUUAUAUCGUUCUUCGCCGUGACGGUCCUCUCUCACUACGAGAACUGGGACCCAGUGCUUUUAGGGGUCAAGAAACUUAUACAUUGUGUGUGUCGGAAAAGAGCGUCUGUGUUACCAAGGUUACGAGACUUAGAUAGGGAACAAACAGAAAGUCUCAUCAGUGUAAAUACAGCUCCUCACGAUUGACUGGAGGCCAUUGCGCCCCCUAUUGACACCAGGCUGAAACAGAUAUGAUCUGUUAUCACAAUAGGAUCUGCUACAUGUACAUGCAAGAGGAGGGUGGUGAGCUGCUGUAGACCUGAAGGUAGAAUCCUAUUUAGUCUGUUCUGAGGCUCAUUAGGAAUUAGGUUUUCAUGCAGAACAUCUUUUGGUCUUCAAUUUCGAGCAUUCUUAACAACUAGAAUAUUGUAACAUUCUGAACAGAUGGUUCUUAGCCAAUGGGUACUGCUGUAAUUGAAUACCUUCACCUUCAGUCUUCAGCAGCUUAACACCCUAUCACUUGUACAGGCCUAAAUGCACUGUUUUAAAGUGUAUAGAUAUAUCACAUAUGAUACAUAUUCAUCAAACUAUGUAAAUAAUAGUUCUAUCCUGUGAAGCGGGCAUAAAAAGGCCUGAACUCUGUCAAGGAGUUUUACCAAUGUGUUGUGAUUUUUGCGGAUAACGCCUCAAUGUAUAUUCUAUCCAGUGACCUUGAUACAUGAACAAUUUCACUGAGUUGUGACUCUGUCUGUAGUUUACCAUGUUGACAACUAUGCGGAGGUGCAACACUGCAUCGAGUUUUAAGGGGCAUGUAUAUACAGGUAGUGUUGGUUUGUGACUCUGUUUGGGUACUUCAUCAAGUCAUGUACAACCAUGCUGGGUGUGACACAGUUUCUGUACUUAAUAGGGGAUAUUCAGGCCUAAGUAAGGCUUCAAAUAUGGCAGAAUUAUGCAAAUGACCUUGAUGCUGCCCUCUGCUCUCUAAUAGUCAGGUCUGUUAUCUCUUGACGUUGUGUGUUGAGUCAAAGUCAGCCACAUGGUACUUGAGUUAUGUAAAUCGUGACUUGAAAUCCUUGCACUCUGGGUUUCCUAAGCCACGGGAGAGGGGGGCUACAUUUACCCGCCACACACGAUUCAAUGAGGUAGCCUGCCUGUGGGGUACUUCUUAUGAGCAACAGCUGUUGAGGGACUACUGUUGUUCUAUCUGUCUUCUCCUACAUUUUGACAUGUUGGACUUCGCUUUGGUGUUCUUAUACAAGAUGAGUGUGAAGUCCAAAGAUAUUUUUUCAUUUAUUUUCAUUUGUGUGUUGCAUAUGAUGUUGUAUAUAAUCUUGUAAUACUAUUGGGAUGUUGUGUCUUUUAUGGGUAAUGGGCUUUGGGAGCUGGGUUUUAAGGGUCAAAACCUGUUAGAAACUCGAUGGAAAUGGACCAUCUUACUGCUAAUCAGACUAGAGUUUAGAUGUUUCGACUUUUAACUAGCGACUUCUGUCAAAAUGUACUGUUACAUACCUGAUUAGCUUGGCUAUAAAUUAUUUGGAAUAGAUAGUAAUGGGGUCGCAGACUUUGAUAAAUCCCUAUGUCAUUUGCUACAAAGAUAUUAGUGGAAACAGGCUUUGAUCCUCUAAAAACUGGUUACUGCAUGAAAUAAUCAAGGUUGUACAGAAAUUUCUUCAACUACACAUUAUUUAUAUUGUGGUCAAUUUAUCUACCAUAUGCACCUUCUAGAGACUAUUAUUCAGGGAGAUGAAUUGAGAAUCAAUAGUUGUAAAUAUAUUUUCUAGAGAUUGUGUGAUCAUAUGAGUACAUGUAUGUCUUUGUGGUUCAGGGCCGACACAAUUGUCAAAACCUGGUUAAAUGUACAUAAAAUCUAAGCUGGCUCUAAUGUCACACAGUGCAGAACCCUGAAAACCUUUCAAUGGAUCGCAAUCCAAAGGCCUGUGGUUUGAAUCCCAGUCAGGGCAGUGUUUUUCUAUGCUUAUAUCAUUCAUGCUACAUGUGGGUACAAACGUUGGGGUGGGUGACGGUGAUAACUUUGUAGAGCAAAAUGAACCAAGUUGUGUCAUUGCCUUGAAUGAAUGUAUGAAAUAUGUUUUCUCUCUUGAUGUUGUGAACGUGACUGCAUGUACAGUUCCAGUUAUGACACUUCUGUCCAUGUUUUUGCACUGUCAAUGAUUAUCUCAAGCUUGACACAUGAUUCUAGUUUCAUCAUGCAGACAGAAUUCUGAAAUAAGUUGCUGGAGAUCGGAACGAGCGGACCCAAUGCCAGCAUUGACCUCCUCUGUUUGGCCUCGUUGCCUUGACAUUUCAGACUUGGCAAAGUGACUUUCCUGGCUGGCAGGAUUACAGUGAUGCCUGACGCUAUGCCAGCUGUUCACAAUGACAAGGCCACUAGCACUGGCAUGUCUUAAGUCAUUCCAAUUCAACAGUAAACUGUAUUACAAAGUGUAAAAAGUGGAGGUGUUCAGACUCCCUUCUGUCAAGCUGAUGGCAGCAUUUUGCCUCGGUGCCAACCUUAUGACAGCUCUGACUUCACAAGGCACUUUCCCGUUUUGUAAAGAUUUUGCCGUGCCCUCAUAUAUCUUGUCAAUUCCUGGCCAGGUCAAGACGUCCACUUGAAUUGUGAAAUGUAACUGUCUGCUUCAGAGAUUUGAGAAUGAUCUGUCAGCUUGAUAAUGUGCCCCCUUGUUUACAGUAGGCCUACUUACACUUUACUAAGACUUUACAAGUCUAAUUUAUCAGAUGUCUUGAUAACACAUGUAUUUAUAACGCAUCAAAUGACUGAAGAGUUAUAUUAAAUAAACAACACAGAACAAGA